UUUUUCUCAUUUUUUAAAGAACUAAUAUAUUCUUUUUUGCUUUGAGAAUUAUUGUAAUAUAUAGCUGAUUAGAUAAAUAACACUUGUUAAUUGUUAUAAUCACGUGAGUUGUCUAAUAAGAGAAAUUCCAUAUAUGAUCAAAUUUCUUUUGAUGACGAACACUAUAUAGUUUUCAAUAGCAUAUUAGUUGGAUUUAACAGAAUUUAACAGGCCAAAUUAAUAUAAGAAAUAACCAAUCCUAAUUACAGAUAGCAGAAUAAGGACUCGGUCAAUUAUCAAUUUUUAUGUUUUUCCCAUCUUUAAAUACGGAACAUGCAAAAAUGAACCUAGUUUUAUUUACCCAAAAAUCAACAAUUAGAUUCAAAACUCGUGGGUGUAUAACAAUCCCAUUUUUUCUGAUGCUAAAAUAGGAAAAAACAUCAAACAUGUUUCUAAACUUUCUCAAUACCCAUCAAUCCAAAAUGUCUAUGUUCCAACCAUUAUAUCAACUAUAAGCAAAGAGGCUCUUCUCAAUUAUGGUCUCAGCCAGCCAUGGCAAAUAAUCAUCAUUACCCUUUCUCAAACCUUACUACCAUAUUGUUCUUAUUCAUCAUCUCUUUCCUUUCUCUAACAACUUUGUCCUUGUCAUUAACCGAUGCUGAAGCCUCCUUCAUAGCUCAACGCCAACUCUUAACUUUCCCAGAAAAUGGCGACCUUCCCAACGACUUUGAGUACGAGUUUGAUCUCGUCAUUACAUUCGCCAAUGAAAGAUUGAGAAAAGCCUACGUUGGGCUUCAAGCUCUAAAGGAUGCCAUUUAUUCUGACCCCUAUAACUUCACAGGAAAUUGGGUUGGAGCCAAUGUUUGCGCCUACACAGGAGUAUUUUGCGCACCUGCCUUAGACGAUCCAAAACUCAGUGUUGUUGCCGGUGUUGAUCUUAACCACGCUGACAUUGCUGGCCACCUUCCGGUUGAGCUUGGCCUAUUGACUGAUGUUGCUCUUUUCCACAUCAACUCCAAUCGAUUUUGCGGCAUUAUACCAAAGAGCUUUAAAAGGCUUACACUAAUGCAUGAAUUUGACAUCAGCAACAACAGGUUUGUUGGAGGAUUCCCUGAUGUCGUCCUAGAAUGGCCUGAUGUCAAAUAUCUUGAUAUCCGAUACAAUGAUUUCGAAGGCCAGUUGCCUCCGGAACUCUUCGUAAAGAAAUUUGAUGCAAUUUUCUUAAACAAUAAUCGAUUCAAGUAUAUAAUCCCUGAAACAUUGGGGAACUCCACUGUUUCGGUUGUAACUUUUGCCAAUAACAUGUUUAAUGGAUGUAUUCCUCGAUCGAUUGGCAAUAUGCCGAACGUGAACGAAAUUAUAUUCUUGAACAACGAGCUCAACGGCUGUUUCCCUCCAGAGAUUGGGUUGCUUCGUAACUUGACGGUGUUUGAUGGUAGUGAUAAUGGCUUUGUUGGGAGCUUGCCCCAAAGCUUUUCCGGACUAGAAAGCUUGGAAGAAUUAGACAUUGCGAACAAUAAGCUCACCGGGUUUGUACCAGAUUACGUUUGUAAGCUGCCCAAAUUGCUUAACUUCACUUUCUCUAAUAACUUUUUUAAUGGUGAGGCUCCUUCUUGUGUACCGUCGUCUGGUAAAACAACCGUUGUUUUGGAGGAUGAAUAUAAUUGUUUGCCUGGACGGCCUAACCAGAAGUCAACUAGAACUUGCUUCCCUGUUGUAACAAAACCAGUCGACUGCAGCAAGAAUUGCGGUGGUGGUGACCCAUCGCACAAGCCACCGUUGCCCAAGCCUUCUUCGCCAUCUACACCAAAGUCACCAUCCUCGUCACCACCAAAAUCUACUCCAACAGAAUCACCCUCGCGUACACAAGUGCCAGCACCUGAAACACCCAAGUCAGAACCACCACCAACAAAUAUCCCAUCCUCGCCUAAGAGUCCAAGUCAGCCAAAGACUCCUGAGUCACCUCCCACUACACCAUCAAAACCAACUCCUCUUUCUCCUCCAAUGGCUCCCACUACACCAUCAAACCCAACUCCUUCUUCACCUCCAACAGCUCCUACUACACCAUCAAAACCAACACCCUCAUCUCCAAUAAACGCUCCUAUUCCUACUCCUACUCCGACCAUACCAUCAAAACCGACUCUGCCUUCUCCUCCAAAGGCCCCGUCUACACCAUUAAAACCAACUCCCUCAUCUCCUCCUGAGGAUAACUCUCCCAAGUCACCACCAUCCCAAGAUUAUGAUACUGCACCACCACCAGACCCCACUGAUAGAAGUCCAAUCAGAUUACAUCCUCGCCCACCGCCACAAGCAGAAUCACCAGCACCAGAGCCAUCACAGCCUCCUAAGCCACCUACUGAAUCUUCACCACCAUCACCUAAGCCACCCACUGAAUUGUCUCCGCCAUCACCUAAGACGUCUGAUAGCUCUCCUCCGCCGUCUCCUACACCUACUUUGCCACCAAAUUCUCCAUCACCUCAACCUAAAAGGUCAUCUCCUCCAUCAUCACCUAAGACUGAUAGGCCUACUUCUCCUCCAGACUCUCCAUCAUUUGAACCUAAAGAGUCGCCUCCACCAUCUCCAAAAUUAAAGCAACCACCACCUUCUCAGUCCCCAUCGCCACCAUCUCCAUCAAAUCCACCUCAAUUAAUAUAUUCACCACCUCCACGAGUUCCGUCUUCCCCCCCACUGGUGGUUCACUCACCACCCCCACCUAUUUACUCUCCUCCACCACCUAUUCACUCUCCUCCACCACCACCAGUUCACUCUCCACCACCACCAAUUUACUCACCACCACCACCUAUUUACUCACCUCCACCACCAGUUCAGUCUCCACCCCCACCGACUCACUCCCCACCACCACCGGCACACUCUCCUCCACCACCUGCUCACUCGCCACCACCACCUAUUUACUCACCUCCACCUCCGGUUAACUCGCCUCCACCCCCACCUGUUCACUCUCCACCACCUCCAGUACACUCCCCACCUCCACCUACUCACUCACCUCCACCGCCGCCGCCACCAACUCACUCUUCUCCACCUCCUCCCAUGGCUGUUUCACCACCAGUAUUUGAUGACAUCAUUCUACCGCCAACUUUCGGAUCCCAGUACUCGUCACCGCCUCCACCAGUGUUCCAAGGCUACUAAAGGGUUAGAAUGGUGUUUACAACUGAUUUUUACAAUUCUAUAGCUUUCUCAAUGCUAGCUCAGUAUACACAACUCAUUUUGUAACAAAAAGCCUUUUAUCAAUUACUAAAAUUCAAUUUUAUUUAUUUUUUAAUUUUUUCUAAUGGUUUAACUAUGGAGUUGUAGUAGAUAUGUGUUCAAUAAAUACAUACAUAUAGAGAUAAAGUGUAAUAAAUAUAGAGUUAUGCAUAUUUAACUUUACGAG